AUGGCCUCGCACGACCAGAACCACGGCACGGCCUAUUGCUCGGGAGAUAUGAAGAAUCGUAGUGUGAGCCCUUCGCCGCAUGGCCAACACUAUCAAGACCUCAACUCCGGUGGAUUAGGAGUUGACCCCUCCAUGGCUGCUUAUUCGACAAACCCCUCGUACCACAAUCCCGACAGUAGCAUCGGUGGUGCUGAAUAUGGAUACCCAAGCUAUCUUGCUGGCGCGCCCUCGACACAGACAUUAUCGCCAACGGACCAGAGCUAUGCUUCAACCAUCAAUAACAACAAUAUUCCGAUAUCGCAAUCCUUCGAGACAAGCCUGGUCAAUCAGCUCGAGCACUCCUCGACGGGACUUAGAGCGAUGCAGCGCGACGAAAACUUCUCCAAUAUGCUCAACUCGAAUCACCCAGAAUUGGACUUCGCUCUCUACCAGAAUCAUAGCCCCAACAGCGUUUCCACCCCCGAGUACGAUUCUUCGUUGUUACUGGACCCGCAAAUGCACCAGCGCCAGUCCAUCAACCAAGCCAUCGGCCCUGUUGAUAUGGUCAGCCCCAUCUCCAACCCUUCAACAUCCCCACAUCCGUCAUCGCAAGAUCAGCAGCAUUCCUCGCCUGGGCCCAUGUCCCCUCCAGGAUCCACACCGGGUACAUACUAUACCCCUCAGCAUUCACGACACACUUCGCUUGACCCGGCUACCGCAGCGUAUUUGACAGCCCAAUCAGGUCCAGACUGGCAGUCGGUCAUGAGUAAUGUUUCCUUCCAGGGGCACCGGCGUGCACCGUCCGAGGUUUCCGAGGUUUCAUCAGCGAACCACUCCCCUUACUUGUCUCAGCACGAAUUCGAUGGCAUUGAGAACAAUGCAUCUCCUUCUUUGGUUCCCCAGAGUGACCCAAGUCUAUACGACCACGGCUUAGGCAUGGAAACAUUCACCUUGUCAGAGCAGCAUCAGCAGGGGAUCAGCCCCCUCCACAGCCCAUACAUCUCUCCGCGCUUAAUGCCACAGCAGGGAGGUGAAAUGGUGCCAAACAAUUCGUAUCUUUCUCAGUUUCCCUCGGCGCCAACAGACAUGUACGGAAUGCCCAAAGAGGAAAUGAUGAACAUGGGGAAAUUGAAUAAUACGCCGGGCGACAUUGGUCAGGCUUCACAGAUGGCUCCUCCAUCAAUCAAUGUUGAGUUUGCUCCACCAUUGCGAAAUCCAAACUUCGAUCCAUCAAAGUCAUCAACGGCAGAUUUUGACUCAUUGAGCCCUCCCGCUAUGCGAUCUCGUGUUCGUAGCAAAUCUGAUCCUUAUCACCCUGCUUCCCGUCCACGCUCUCCUGCAGCUACAACAGUGACAAGUCUGGAGCCCCAUGCACCUGCCGCCGCACGGUCUUUGUCACCUGUUGGAUCGAUUGGCUCUCACUCGCACAGUAACCCUGGUUCACGAGAUCCCUCACCCUCACGAUCAAACCGACGCCUCUCCACCUCAUCAAUUGAGAAUCGAAACUACAUCCUAGAUCUCGCCGAUCCACAAAGACCUGGCGCAGCACCCGGGGAGCCAAAGCGAAUCCAGAAGCACCCAGCUACCUUCCAGUGCAACCUAUGUCCGAAGCGAUUUACCCGCGCAUACAAUCUGCGAUCCCACCUCCGCACUCACACCGACGAACGACCAUUCGUGUGUACAGUGUGUGGCAAAGCAUUUGCGCGACAGCACGACCGCAAACGCCAUGAAGGCCUCCAUUCUGGCGAAAAGAAAUUCGUCUGUCGCGGCGACCUCUCGCAAAGCGGACAAUGGGGCUGCGGCCGCCGCUUCGCCCGUGCGGACGCUCUGGGCCGUCACUUCCGCUCAGAGGCUGGCCGCGUAUGUAUCAAGCCUCUUCUUGAUGAGGAGUCGCAAGAGCGUGAUCGCGUCUUGCUAGAGCACCAGCAGCAACAGCAACAACAAUCGCCAUCUGGCCAUCUUCAGCCAAUCCCCCAGCCGCUCGUUAUGCCCAACAUGCCCGGCAUGGACGGGCAAUCGACGGGUAACUUCGUCCUGCCUGCUGCUCUGCUGGCGCAAUACCCGGCUUUGCAGAAUCUGCAGUGGGACCAGAUCUCGGCUGUGGGUGAUGAUCCGGGUGAGAUAGGUGGGCGAAGUAGCUUUGAUGCUAGCUCUGGCGGGGAGUUUGGCUUUGAUGAGGAUGAUUCGGGACUGGGUGGUAGUUAUGCUAGUAACCAGGCGAGUAUAUACGGCGUCAAUAACUCUGACCAGAUGUUGGGGGUCAAUCCUGGAGACCCUGGGUUUUCUGAUCAGAAGUGGACUGGAUGA